UAAACAAGCCCUCUCAUAGAACUGGAAUUACCAGAGACGACUUUUAUUCCAAAACCUGUCUAUUUUUUAAUAUACGAUUAACUGCAGCGGAUGUUGUGCAAAAUAAGGCCAGUUACUAUUAGUAUCUUGCGAGUCGUGGUCAGGGUUAAAAGAUGGACUACCGAUUGUCACCUAUUUUCCUCCUGGCCUGUUUCUGUGGGCUUGGGGCCCAGGCUCAAAAUGCUCUCAUUUUUCAGACCACGAGUAGCUCGUUGGACACAAUUGGCACCACAGUACCACCACCAGCUCCCGCGGCCAGCUCCAACAACUGGGUGCUGGUAAACAACAUGAGAGUGCGAGGCGGCAUAACGCCCUUUGUUCCAGCUGCCCCACCGACACCCGAGUUCCUGGACUGCUUCGGACGGUGCCCUACAACUCCGCAGUAUACCCCUGUCUGUGGGAGCAAUAUGCAGCUCUACCUGAAUGAGCAAAAAUUCAACUGUGCCCGUUUUUGUGGGGCAGAUAUACAAAUUGUACGCCGAGGAAGCUGCGAGGGCCUAUUUCAGAUGACACGCGGCUGAGGUGUCUUACUUGGCAGUUAUUUUCCAAAAUCUGUGAAGUCCCAGAUGAGUUCCGAGUUCAUGGAAAUUUGAUAAGAAUGCAAAGCGAUGACAAACUAUGUAAAUAGACAUUGUAUAUGAACUAAUACUUAAGUAAACUAAGGAAUACAUAAGAGUACAUAUUGUUUCUGAUAACCUGUGGUGGCGCACGUUCUAGUCAGUUCCUAUCUGAAUCUCGACUAGAACACUUGCCAGAAUGCUGACGUCUUACCACUUGGCUGCGAUUCUGGGCCUCCUUUUGGGCUGCUUCCUGCUCCAGGAUAUGGCUGCUGCCAGGGUUUAUCAUCAGGGAACAAAUCACAGGCGCCCCAAUGCUACGGCCUCCUACACCCCAGCUCAGACCUUUAAUCCCGGCCACAAAGCUCACAAUAACUUCUCACGUCCAAACCCCAUCUCUGCUCAGACGUACCAGCCGGGUUAUCCCACAAACAACUUCACCCGGGUCGCUUUAACCCCGAAUUGGUCGGCACCUGCACCGGCGCCCUCCGGUUGGGCACCUCAAGGCGCCCCCACUUACAACGCCCCACCACUACUUCCGACAUCUGGAUUCUGGGCGAACAACAACACCUAUCCAUCUGGUUGGGUACAGGCGCCAGGUCAGGUAGGCAACCCAGCCUAUGGACUUGGCAAACCCAAUGCCACCGCCUCCUACUACCCAGGCUACAACCAAACGUAUCCAGCUGGCAGGCGUGCUCCUGGUCCCAAUCCGUACGCUAAUCUUUCCAUUUAAGUGCCUGUAAAGGUUAAUCCACUGCCCCAUCCCAAAAUAUAACAAGUCUAAUUUUCA